UUCUUGGGGGCAGGGUCUCCUCGGUGGAGCUUCUGUUUGCUUUCCCCCCCUUUGAUUGAUGGUGCGGUGUGCGUUCUUUUGGCCGUUUGGUAGCGUGCGGCUGCAUUAUCUCCGCGCGUGGUGCUCCCGCGAAUGGAGAUCCGCCCGCGCUGCCGAUUUAUUCCGGCAAGCACCGAGCUCGCCAAUGCGCUCGCUCACAGAGUCGCAGCCACGGAGGCCGUGAGCCAUGCUUCGAUCACCGUCGAUUUGCCAGGAGCGCGUCUGAUCGGAUUGGGGCCUCCGCCUUCUCGACCGGGCCACAGGGGAGACGCCAAUGGGGAUGGAUAGCUUCGCGCGAUGAUCAUCAUAGCAGGCCGUGUACUAGUACUAGCAGCAGCGCGUGUUGGAGGCAGCGCGUGGCGAGAUCCGCUCGUGGUGUUCCGUGGGAUGUUGUUCUCUGAAUGAACGAAUGAAUGCAGGUUCAUCUUCUCAGCGUGUGUUCUGUGACGACGCAGGCGUUUUGAUCCGCGAGGAUGGCGAUGGCGGCCUACAGCAACCAAGCGCAGGCGAUGAUGAGGGACUACCUGCUCGCCGACCCGCUCGUCCCCUACACCUCCGUGCUCAUCGGCGUUUUCCUCUGCAAGAUGGCUUAUGACCUCACACGGAUAUUGAGCUCAUUCUACUUCAAGGGCUAUUCUUCUUUGACAAAAAUACAGCGUGUUGAAUGGAACAACAGGGGUAUGUCCAGUGCACAUGCGAUCUUUAUCGCAGCAGUAUCAGUAUAUCUUGUUGCAUCUACAGAUCUUUUCUCUGAUCGCCUUAAUGGGCCUAUUACAUUCCGCAGUUCGAUCAUCUCCACCUCUGCAUUAGGGGUUUCUGUGGGUUACUUCAUCACUGAUCUUGCAAUGAUCUUCUGGUUGUUUCCUUCCCUUGGUGGAAUGGAAUAUGUACUCCAUCAUACUCUUUCUCUGGUUGCAAUAGCCUACACAAUGUUGUCAGGGGAGGGGCAGUUUUACACAUACAUGAUUCUUAUUUCAGAAACAACCACCCCUGAAAUCAACAUGAGAUGGUUCCUUGACACCGCUGGAUUGAAGAAGUCGAGCGCCUACCUGAUUAAUGGUAUUUUGAUAUUUGUUGUAUGGCUGGUGGCAAGGAUAUUUUUGUUCCUGUAUGUAUUUUACCACAUCUAUUUGCACUACAGCCAGAUAAUGAAGAUGCACGCAUUUGGUUAUUACCUGACACUGACCGUGCCGUCGGUGCUCUUUGUCAUGAACGCAAUGUGGUUUACGAAGAUUUUGAAAGGGGUAAUGAAAACACUGUCGAAAUGGUCGUAAUCGGAGUAGGCUUUGCGGACCAGAAGUGCAACAUAACUGGGUGUUCCUGCCGUGCUGCACUGCGUGUGACUUGAAUAUGUAAAGUUAUGAAUAUAUGAAUUAGGCUUUGCAGACCGGAAGUACAACGCCAACUUGGUUGGUGUUCCUGCAGUGCUGCUUGAGACCUUGAUGUGCAAAGUUAUGAACAUAUCGGCGUAACUAGGGAAAGUGAAUAUGUAAAAUACUAGCAAACAAGUUAGAUUAGGCUAAAUCGCGCUAUUUUCCAUGAGCUGGGAUUUCCUGGCCAGUUUGGCACUGUACUGAAGUUCCUAUUCCAAUCCUGCAAUCUGUGUAUACCAGGCCAGGAGAUAAUUCCAUUGCAUCUCUUAUUCAUACUAAAUUUGAUAAUCUAAUUUGAGAUAUUAUAUAUAAGCUGUUGUUAUUC